GGGACUCGGGUGUCGACAAACUCAAAAAGCGAAUCGCCGUGGGCGAUCCCAGACAAGGACUUUUGACGCGGGAUCAUCUAUCGCAAACGUCCUCUUUUACAUACGCAUCUAGGAAUCUGUACACGCACGAGAUUCGACUAUAAAGGCUUGCAAGACCUGUUUUCGUGAUUACCUCGUCUUGAGGAAUCUCGCCACGCGUUGUCCGCCAGGAAUAGAAACGCAGGCAGUCUUUGUCUGUCUGCGCCCGAAGACAGGCGGGAUCUCUUCAGCAACUUCCGUGGCUUUCUGUGGUUUAACCGAUUGAUCGUUGUUUUUAGGAAACGAUGCUGUCCCUCAUCAUAUGUUUGCUGCCUCUAGCGGCGAGUGUGCCUGUGGAAGUUGGGAAAAUCGAUGAAACAGAUACUUCAAAGCAGUUGAUUGUGAACAUAGAUAACGGCAUCUUGAAAGACGUUCGACUUGUCGGAAAUUCCGAUCACAGGGAAUUGAACUUAUCAGGUCUUCCAGGUCUUCGCAUGUUGGAGAAAGAUGCCUUCGCUAACGUACUCGAUGUAGAGUCGCUUGCACUUGCCAAUAAUUCGUUGACUUCUCUACCAGAAUUCGUUUUCUCCAAUCUGACAAAAUUGAAAAAUUUGUUGUUGUCGGACAAUCAAAUAUCAAAUGUCCGGAAUCUAUUUGUCGGCUUAGAAAAUCUGCAACUGUUGGAUAUUUCUCGCAAUCCUAUCAGACACUUUGGAAGGGGCCACCUGUUUGGCCUUACCAAAUCCGCUAAGAUUCUCACUGACGGGAAUAUUCUUUGGAGCAUCAGCACGGGCGUAUUUGCUAAUUCUUUCCUUAAAGACGCCGAGGAAAUAAAGCGAUUGGCAGCGAUGCACGACCAGAGAAAUCCCGCGAAGGAGGAGGAGCAGAGAGUCGACAAGACUGAAGUAGCUAAGGAAUCUCAGGAUCAAAAGAUCAAAACGCUUAGCGAGCACACACGAGUGAAAAUUUGCAAGUCUGAUGGCAUCGUGACAUCACUGGAAAUUCUUUUGGAAGACGAAGAACUUGUUGAAGGAUGCGUCCAAGUACUAUUCGACACUACGAAGCAAAGUCUGAAUCUCGCCGAGUUGGGUAUCAAGGGUUUUCAGGAAGACUGGUAUCGGUUGCAAUCUCUGCCGGUCGCCUCGUUGGAUCUGUCGAACAACGAGAUCGUUGAGAUCACGAAGGAGAUGCUGAACAACCUGCCGUUAAGUCUGACGUAUGUAAACUUCCAAGGGAAUAAAAUACGCAAGAUCUGGAGUCAGGUGAUCAAAAAUGAUUACCUAAAUGUGCUCAACUUGAGAAAUAAUCUGAUCGAAGAGAUUGAGGAGGGCGCGCUCUUAAAAACGAAUCUAAGCGCAUUGUAUCUCGCUGGCAAUCAACUAAAGAGUUUAAACUUCGUUUCCAGUCUGCCAGACACCUUGACUGUACUUGUGGCGAGCGGAAAUCACAUAGUUUCUAUCCCCGACGGCGUGUUCUCUAAACUCUACCGUUUGAACUAUUUGCAUCUUGAAGACAAUAAAAUCGAAACGUUACAAAACGACGUUUUCCAAGGUUUAACAUCCUUGCUGAUAUUAACGUUGAUGGGGAACGGUAUAAAGACAAUCGAACCUAGCGCCUUCAGAGGCUUGACAACGCUGCAAACGCUUGAUCUCCGUCAUAAUUCUAUACGCGAUCUGCAAUAUGGCAUUCUCUCCAAGUUGACGGGUCUAAAGCAAUUGAAUCUCGCCAAUAACAAGAUCGCCAAGGCCACGUUUGGCGAUUUAGCACAGUCUGUGGAGUCCCUGUAUCUCGAUUAUAACGAGAUCGACAUUCUCGAAGAGGGUAAUUUCGUUCAAGCUCCAAUAUCCACAUUAUCCUUGACCGGCAACAAAAUUUCUAACAUAAUGCGUGGUGCCUUUAAUUUGCCUACUCUGCGAGAUCUAUAUUUGAGUAACAACACUUUGACGACUAUCGAGGGUGAUAGCUAUGAAGGCUUGAGUCGAUUAAGACGCCUCUGGCUUUCAGAGAAUAAAAUAUCCGAAAUACGUAAGGGCGCUUGCAAAAAUCUGGGAAGUUUGUACAUUUUGGAUGUAAGCAAGAAUCCUUUUCAAAAGUUGGAAAAUGGAGCUCUUUAUGGCCUCAAUACCGCCUUUGGGACUAGCUUGUAUAUCUACGAGAACAAUAUGAAGGAGAUACAUGGUGGUGUUUUUGACGAUGUUUAAAACUCUUUCAACUUAAGACUUCUAUAUAUAUGCAUCUUUUCUAUUAAAUGUUCUUUAAAAAAAUGGCAUUAAUAAUUUGGCCAUUAAUUUACGAACAUUUACAGAAAAUUUAACUUUGUUAAAUUACAUGAUAAAUUAACUAGCAAUAGAAACAUGAAAUACAUAUUCAUGCAGACUUGAUAAA